GUUACCAUGGUUGAAAUCUCAGAAGUUGAUUCUGCUUCUAAUCUUCCAGUUGUACAUGGAAUGGCAUCACAAAUGGGACCUCCCCCUCCACAUCCACCGCGUUCUGGACAAGUGCAUGGACCAUCAGUAGGGAUAGGGAGUACAGCUGGCUCAUCUACACCAUCUUCUCAACCUUCACAAACUUGUGCAGCAGAUGAAUGUGUAUCUAAUAAUCCUGAAGUUGGUGUGCAAAUAUCAUGGGUAUGGGGACACUACCAUAUUUAUCAAAAUGGUGAGAGAGCGAAGUGUAAACAUUGAAAUAUCUAAUUACAAGAUUGGUGUUAAGAAACAUGGGACUUCUAAAUACAUACUCUUAAAUACAUACUGUUAAUGUUCUGUACUAUAAAUGUGUAAACAUUUGAAACUCACGGAAAAAUGAAUUUUGUAACAGAAUGCUUCAAAAAGAAAGAAAAAAGAAAAAAAAAGAAAAGAAUAAAAAAAGAAACUUGAAAAAGCAAUUCAGUUGUCUGACACUGGAGCUAAUUUAUCAUCAUCAUUUGCCCCACCUGAAGAAAGUAGUCCUCCUUUGGCUGAUCAAAGUCCUGGAAGAGAAAAAGGUAUUUCCAGUUCUGGGCAAGGUAGUGGAAGAAGUGAAGAGGUGCUAGCCCCAUUACCUGUGGAAAGGGAAGAUUCAUUUGAUGAUCCCUUAUAUAGAGCCGCUGCAACGGAACAUCCUUCCCUCGAACCUAGUUCCAUGGUCGCAUUAGGUGCGACAUCAACAGCAGACAACUCCAGAGAUGAUCUUGCUCUUUUCCAUGGUCCCCCUUUCGUCAAGAUAUAACAAGAGGCCGCAGAUCAGAACAAGUGGCUUCUAGUGAAUGUGGAGUCCAGUAAAAUGGAAUUCGGCUCAGAUAUGCUGAACCGUGCCAUAUGGAAUGAUAAAGUGGUUGCUCAACUAAUCCGCACUAAAUUCAUCUUUUGGCAGGUGCACGAUGACACCACUGAAGGUAGGCAAGUCUGCAACUACUACAACCUGGUUUCUGUUCCUGUAGUUCUGCUUCUGGACCCAAUAUCCGGGAAAAAAAUGUGCUUAUGGAGCGGAAUGAUUCGACCUAGGCCUUUAUUGAAGGUGCUACUUCGUUUAGUGGAUGGAGGUCCAAAAGAUAACCUGGAACCAAAAGGCGCAGAUAGCUGUCCAAUGGAAUUCCCUAGAUGCCCAAUUGAAACAUAUUUGCUUACCAUGGCCAGAGAGAAAAUAAAAGAAAAGUCUAGGACAUGCAACGAGGAGGAACUGCUGGAAGUUGAGCGCAGGCUUAUGCAGGCAAGACUUGGUGCCCAAUUGCAACAAUUAAAUGACUAUAGAUUAUGGUUAUUGUCGGAGGGACUGGAUCAUGAUGAGAUAAUACUCAUAUCAGGAGACAUGAGUAGCAGUCUGCAAAAGGAUAAGAAGGCCAAUGUUAUAACUUUAACUGGCCUCGAAAUCUUUCCCAAGGUAGGAGAACUAGGUGGAGAGACCAUUGUUGGCAACCUCGACGUCCAUAAAAACGGGUUCAUCUAUGCAACUUCUAGUCCCAGUUUCCAUUUUCAUUUCAUCUGCGCAGACAUACAGAGAACUUUCUUUCGAGUUGGAGAUGAGAAGACGCAGCCUCUCUUGCACUUCCAUUUGCAUCACCCCGUCAAGAUGGGGGCAGAAAUGAGGCAGGAUAUCCAAUUCCGUUUGGUGCAAACCCCUGUGGGGCAGAGGACAUCUUAUAAUGAUUCGGAGAAGCAAACCAGGGAUGGGGAAGACUUAAAGAAAUUUGUCAACAAAGUGGAAGACAAAUGGAGUACGUAUACAUUUCAUGUUGCUGAGGUUCUUAAGAGGAAAGAAUUUUAGGGAAAUCUUCGCUCCAAGGCGCCAACUGUCUUUGGCCUGACUUUUUAUGCCCUAGUUGGGCUUGUAGAUGAACCUUUCGUUGUGGCAUACCUAGACAAGAUCGAGAUUGUUAGUCUGAGGCUUAAACCUGCGGUAAUAGAUAUGACUAUCGUUUUUCAGGACUUCAAGCAUGAUCUGAUUCACAUCAACUCAAUUCCCAUAGCCGCGCUCGGUCUCAUAAAAGACAUCUUUAACUUUUCCAUGGUGAAGUAUUAUGAGAUUCAUAAAGAUUUACCAUGGAAUUCCAUGGUGAAAGGGAUAGCAGAUUCUCCGAGGGAGUUCCUCACCAAUGGUGGAUGGUUAAAUUACGGUCUCGAGGACGAUGCUACUGCAAAGUUCUACGAUUACUUCUACGAGAAAGUAUAAGUCAAGGAACGUAAAUUGGAUAAUGAAGGUGAACAAAUCUGCCCAUAUGGAUCAGACAGUGCAGGUGAAGAAAGUGACACAUUGGAGGAAUGGGAGGAUUAAUGAAUCAGGCAGGAAGAGGAGAGUAAAACAAGCGAGUUCAAGCUAAAGCAGUCACAAGUAUCUUUGCUGCUGCAUCUAGUUUAUUUUUAGUUUAGACGAAAAUUUGCUUUUUUAAUGGAUUCUCUACUAGUGUAUAGCUCAACGUGGACGUCCGGAGACUCCAUAUUUUCUUUUCGGUUUUUCUAAGUUGCUGCUGGGAUUGGUUUUUAUGGUUUAGUUGCUCACUUUGACAUUUCUAUUUGAUUCUUGUCAUUAUC